UACUGAUCACUUCAAUAAUUAAAACAUUAAAAACUUUAAAAUUCUCUAAAUCUGAGCUCUCUUCCUCUCUCCUCACAGGUCACAUGACUCAUCCGUCUAGAUUCCUCGGCGGCGUCAACUCCUCGGCGACCGCAUCAACUGAGUCCGCCGCCGUCGACUCCGACUUCGUCGUCAUCCUCGCCGCGCUCCUCUGCGCCCUAAUCUGCGUCCUCGGCCUCGUUGCAGUAGCUCGCUGCGCCUGGCUCCGCCGGAUCUCCGGCGCAGCGAACCUCCCGGGCGGUUCCGCUCCUCAAACUCCGGCCAACAAAGGCUUGAAGAAGAAGAUCCUCCGAUCCCUCCCGAAGGUUACCUACGCGGCCGAGACCGCCGGAAACCUAACGGACUGCGCUAUCUGCUUGACUGAAUUCGUCGGAGGAGACGAAAUCCGAGUGCUGCCGCAGUGCGGGCACGGGUUCCACGUCGGAUGCAUCGACACAUGGCUAGGAUCUCAUUGUUCUUGCCCUUCGUGCAGGCAGAUUCUGGUUGUUGCCAGAUGUCAGAAGUGUGGAGGAGUUCCAGCAAGCUCCAGCAGCACCGGAGCUGAGACGGAGUCCAGAUUGAAGGAGAGAGAAGACGAUGUGAAUAGAGAAGCAUUUGACUGCGCCCCACGGAAUCGAGAAAAGGAAUGCAGCGGUGAUGGGUCCUGUAAAUGGAGUCGGUGGUUUCUCCUUCUCCAUCUGCGUUCACGCCUUGGGCUCUUGCGGUGCGUAUUCUUAUCCCCAUUGAACACCACUGCCGACUCCGCCCUCCUUUUCUUUUUUAUUUUUAGUUUCUUUAUGUCAAUUUGCUAACUCUUUCGUCUUCUGUAUGCUUUGACAUGUAAUCCAUCUAUAUAUAUAUAUAUUUUUUUA